UUGACGGCGCUGCCGCCGCCGCCAUGUCCACACCGCUGGAUCGAAUUCGCCCGUGGGAGGACGGACUCAAAUCAACUCGGAUCAGGUCAUCCUCUUCUCCUCCCAGCGGGAGCGAGACGGCGGCCGAGAGACUCACCGACGACCUCCUCGUCGAGAUACUCUCGCGCGUGCCCGGCAGGUCGCUCUGCCGCUUCAAGUGCGUCUCCAAGCACUGGCUCGGCCUCAUCAACGACCGCACCUACCGCCGGAAGCUCCCCCGGACCCUGACCGGCUUCUUCUUGAGGGACACCACGAAGGAGCAAUUGGUACAUCCAGUUCUUCCUUUCACCAAUUUAUCCGGGAGCCGCAGUCGCACCAGUCUCACCUUCCUGCCCAACGGCCGAAACACCUUUCUUUUGGACUGCUGCAAUGGCCUCCUUCUCUAUGACGUAUCUUCCGAUGGUUGCAAGCGCCGUUACGUCGUGUGCAAUCCUGCCACGGAGGAAAUGUGA